ACAGUGUCACACCUGUGUUCCUCUAUCAUUGCCUGAUCUCUGAUUGGCUGAUUGGUUUUCACAUCCACUUGUCAGGAGGACUCAGACGUGCUGUCAGUGGUGAGCAGCUACUGUGAUGUCAGCAGAGGGGGGUGUGGCUUCAAGGACGGCUCCCUCUGUAUUUUGAGCUCAGACUGUGACCUGUGCGUGUGUGACGGAGACGACGAUCAAAGCUCUGACAGGUAAGACUGAACCAGAGUCUGUAUACAGUGUUUGUUAGAAUAUAAACUCUGCUUCAAUGACUUUUUAAAUAUUUUGAGGAAUCAGUUCCAUUGUGUCUCAUAGUGAUGUUUGUUUCAUUCCAGUCAGUGUGACGAUUCCAUAUACAGCAGCUCAGUCAGUGUUGAAGAAGAAACGAACGUCCUUCACUACUCUUCAUCUCACUGCAGGAUGACUCGUUUGGAUCAAUCGUCACGCCGGUUGAGUCCUCGGGGCUGGACAGAGGUAGCCCGCAGCCGUGAUGCUUUUGGGUCCUCAGGGUUUUCACACGUUAGUGCGAAGGAAAAGACAGAUCGGGAGAGUGGAUAUUUCUCUCUGGGAAGAGCUGUGGGUACUAGAGCCGUCUGUGAUAAAGGCUCUCCUCCUCCCUAUCGGCAUUCUGAAAGAGGUCAUCCCCUCCCGAACAACAAAAGCCCAGAGCCCAAAGCCACAAUUCCCUUCCGGAACCCGGGUCUGGGCGUUCCCUCCGAAAGGAGAACCGGUGAGAUAGAGAAUGCUGAUCUGAUGAACUAUCCUACACAACCCUUGACUCCUGAUCCAGUGGAUCUCAGUGUAGAGGUGGAGGCUCUCGCUGGUCCCAGAUCUCUGAGUCCCACUCCUUUCAGACAAGCCGAAUCGCUCAGCACCUCCAAACGAAGAGUAGAACGAAACCUCCCGUUGUCCUCCUACCCAACGCAAAGAAGUUCCAGUCUGUCACGCUCUUCGUCUCCAGGUCGUAGUUUCUCUUCACUCAGGCGGGGCGAGUCCUCCUCCCAUCUAAACACCCUGGGUUUUCGCUCUGGCAGUUUGGCACGGGGACGAGAGGAGGUGUCAGGCAUUCCCCCUCGGAACGGUUAUGCAGGAGGCUCGCAGAAGAACUUGCGCUCGUUGGCGAGCACCGUGGGCACGGUCAGUAGUGUCAGUAAGUCCUAUAUGGAUCCGAGAGGCUCUUCACGGAAUUCAGAGAACAACAGCUCUCCUGUCAGCUCUAUGCUGAACCGUGGUGGCACUCCGGCUCGGAGCGGUUACGCUGGAGGCUCGCAGAAGAACUUGCGCUCGUUGGUGAGCACCGUGGGCACGGUCAAUAUUGUCAGUAAGUCCUACAUGGCUUCGAGAGGCUCUUUGCGAAAUACAGAGAAUUCUAUGCUGAACCGUAGUGGAUCCUCACCUUCCAGGCAGAGUUAUGAUGGUCCUCGGCAAACAUCUGUUUGGAAAAGUGAAACAAGCCCUUCAUACGAGUACAGUCAUGAGAGACAAAGCUCACCCCACUCAGGCAGACGAUAUGACGCAAGAAGCCAGUCCCCUAAAGGCAGAAAGGAGACGGAUAGCUCCUCGAAUCAGAUUCGAGAGGGUCGUCGGAGUGCAUCUCCAGUCAGAAAAGGUUACGGAACAGAGAAAAGCUCCACAUCCAACGGCUGGUGUUAUAAGAGAGAAAGCCCCCCUUCAUCAAGGAAAGGCUACGACACUCAAAUCCAGGCAUCACCGAAGAAAGCAGAAGUCAAGCGAGCCAGUCGGCACUCCUCCCCCAGUAGAGGUCAUCAUCAAAGACCUGACCAAUCAUCGCUUUCCAAAACCAAAUCAAGCCCGGUGAACCCGGCACGUGAGCUAAAGAGCCGCAGUUCCUCCCCGUUUAGGUGGGGAAAUGACAAUCCAAUCCAAUCCUUCCCUCUCAAAUCAGAGAUUGGCCGGCGCUCUGCUACACUGAGGCAAGACCCCACGGGCCACGCCCCUCUCAGGACCACAGUGAGUGACAGAACAGACUCUGGCUCUUUUGUAAAAGAAACCAGCAAAUCACAGCAUGAAUCAAACCCUCCAUUAGGUCACUGGGGAGGGUCCGCCCACUCUCUCCUCAGCCAGUCGGUGUCACGUGGCUCCUCCCCGACCCGCAACAGCUCCUCUCACCGAUCCGCUCCUGUUGCCUGGGAAACGUCGCAAAGUGUUAGUAAGAGGAGCAUCGUAAAGCUGGAGCGAGAUAUUCAAAGCUCUAGCCCUAACAGGCGACCACCAGUGUCCCAAAAACAACACACCUCCUCACAGAGCUCAAUGGACUCAGAGUCAAGCCAUCUGUCAGCGGGAUCGUCAGGACUGCACCGAGAGGAAUACACCAUGAUGGCUGACCUUCCCAAAGUUAAAACCGUCAUGCAGAGGGAGGGUCCGAGUCACCUGGACAGACUCAAAAGCCAACAGAGACGAGAACUUUCCCUCUACAAACCAGCCAGUCACUGUCAAAGCAAAGCUCCUAACUCAGACUGGGAUGAAGUAGAGGAAGAGAGAGACGCUGGUACCAUGUCAAGAGCACACUCCCCUAGCUCACUACAUACACAGAGAGCGAGCAGUCCAUCUCCAGAGCAGAUUCACCAGAAUCAGUCCAGAUCAUCAGAACACAAACAGAAAGCACACAGACCGACGGUGUAUUUCUCCUGCAGUGUGGAACAGACCGAUGAAGAAUCCGCCCAGCAGGCACGUGCUAAUAUCUUCAUUUAA